AUGCUAAAAUUACAUGGAGAGAUGCGAACAGAUAAAGUAGUUGACAUUAAUUCUUUUCGUGAAGAAUUUAAAGAAAUUUCUAAAUCGUAUAAGCCUGAUCUAAUUUAUAAUUUGGAUGAAACUGCAUUAUACUACAAGCUUAUUCCAUCGAAAAGCGUAUGCAGAAACCGAUUCCAAGGAUACAAAAAUUUUAAAGACCGUGUGUCUAUUAUGCUUUGUUCAAACAUGACCGGAAGUCAUAAAUUGAAACCUGUGAUGAUUGGAAAACCAAAAAUGCCUAGAUGUUUUAAAAUUUUGACUAUGGAUGUCUUGUCUCAUAUUAUAGCUCACAGAAAGCUUGGAUGA